ACGUGAUCACAGUCACCUGACUAAACCAGUGACAGAAGUUUGACCAGCGAGUGUUUGACGCCAGCGGGAGCAGCUUCUUCUUUUUCUUCUUUCUCUAACAGAACAGACUGUAAUAAUGCGGGGCUUGAUCUGUGGACCUAAACUGGCCGCGUGCGGGAUGGUGUUGAGCACGUGGGGCGUUAUAAUGCUGGCCAUGCUGGGAAUUUUCUUCACCACACAUUCAGCAGUGCUGAUUGAGGAUGUGCCUCUGACAGAGAAGGACAUCGAGCAAAACAACAUUCAGAGGAUCUACGACCUGUACAACAAGGUGGGCUACAACUGCUUCAUAGCUGCUGCUGUCUACGUCCUGUUUGGAGCCCUCUCCUGCUGCCAGAUGAGGCUCAACAAGCAGAAGGUGAUCUCAUUUAUUUGGCUUUUUUCACUUUAAUGUUAUUGACUUUUGCUGAAUGGCUCAGACAACAGCGAAUAAUGGUAACCAG